AUGCAAGUUCAUUGGAAGCCUUUUCGGUUUUUAGCGGUGAAGAUGGAGAAGGAAAUGUUUUUGGAACUACAUCAUCAUGAUUUACGAGAUAGUGACACGUUUACGACCCUGAGCGUCUGGAGUGUUACGAGAAAUACAGAAAAUUUAUUACGAUAUACGAAGUAUGGUUCUAAGUGCGUGAAAGUCAAAAUAACUCAAGAUGAACUCACAAUGUAA